AUGGCUGUCUUCAGCUGGACGGCUUCGCCAGGUUUCUUCGCCGUGAUGGGGAAGGCUGCGCGACACUAUCAGCGCACAGGAUCCUCGUAUAUCCUCGGAUAUCCAGAGCCAUUCUGGAUAAUUCAGUGGGUCAACGAUAUAGUCAUUAUCGAGGUCGACAUAGGCGACCGUCUCGCACAAGCAGAGCGGCGCUUGCGUGACGCGAUAAAGUUGGUCUUUGGCUCUGACGGGUGGCAUGAAGGCAAGUUCACCACGUGGUCGCGAUGUUUUCACGCUGUCGGAAUUGAUUGGAACACCUCAGACAUGACGGUGACUAUUCCACAGCGUAAAGUAGACAAAGUGAAACAAAUUGUCGCGGAGACGAUGCAGCUCAAGUAUAUACCGAAGAAGCGCCUAGAUAGCUUAAUUGGUGUGCUCCGGCAUGUGGUUACGUUUAUCCCAACGGCCAAGCCGCUUACACAGCGACUGGUCUCAGUACAACGCGCGCUAAGCAAUGCAGAUUGGUCCGGCGUGCACAUGAGCACGACAUUGCUCGGCGAUCUCAAGUGGUGA